UGUCUGUUCCACAGGUCCACCGAACUCGAAUGUGAGUACUUCGCCAUUCAACGAAGGAAAGGACAUGGUACGAGAGGAUUUUCGUCUGUUGUGGUUGCUACGAUCGACUCAGUUUUCGAUACUCGGCCACCUCCGUUUCGAAUUAUCUACAAAUACGAGAAUGAUGAGAUUCAAGUGGCAAUUGUUAUUGCCGUGGCUGUUCGAAAAACCGAAAUUAUGGAAAACUGGAAUUGGAUUCAGAAGAACAUCAUGCCUAUUUUAGGUUCAUUCUCGACCGAGAAAGAUGUGAGAGCCUUCGUUGUUGGUAAAGUGGAGAGUUUGGUUUUUAUCGCGGCUGAGACUUCGGGAGCAAGCGAUGAGCUGGACUCACUAACAACUCGAUCAGUUCUUCACAAAUUUAUUACAUUGUUCUCACUAACACCUGAUGAAAAACUAGUUAAUUAUUACAACUGUUGUUACUGGAAUAAUCGUUUCCCUCAUCAAGGACAGUUAUUCCUGUCUGUGAAUUUUCUUUGUUUCCAUUCAUUUGUUAUUGGGAAUGAGGUGAAAAUUAAACUGAAAUGGACAGAUAUAACGAAACUCGAGAAAGUUUCGACACUUCUAUGGCCUCAAAGCAUACGGGUCGUUACCCGUCAGGAAAGCUAUGAGUUUUCGAUGUUCAUAAACUUUGAAGAGACUUUCAAGCUGGCAUCACAGUUAGCCAACAUUGCGAUGAAACAAUUGAUCGAGGAAGAGGGUUUUUCUGAAGAUGUGGAUCUCUUGCACAAAGCUCUCCUUGAAAGCGGACGGAAACGAGCAAGGAAAAUUUCGUCGUCAUUCCUGAAAAGAGAUUUGGACGCUAGGCAACGUAGUGAAAGUUAUAGAUGUCGAUUCAAUUUGCCACAUUCGGAGAAGUUAGAUGGUGAUACGGAAUGCCGUCUUGUCACUCCUUACGAUCGCCGUCACGUGGUUGGCCGGCUGUACGUAUCGGCUCGUUUUGUAUGUUUCGGCAGCAGAACCGAAAGACUCGUGUCUGUUGUUAUCCCUGUGGUUGAGAUAUCGACAGUCGAGGAAUGUAGCGCGGCCUAUGGCGAAAAUCUGACCCGAGGCACCGGUCUGCUAAUUUGCUUACGUAAUGGGGGAACAGUUGUCUUCUCCUUCGUACCGGAUCGCGAUAGAGUUCUUGCGAAGAUUACGACGUUUGUGGAGCGAUUUCGAAUUCAAAGUACGCUAAAGAAACCAUCAACGGCGAAGGAACCGCAGCUGAAGUUGGCUCCUUUGGAUUAUCCUCUAAUAGCGAAAUACCCGUGUGGAACGGAUGCGGAUGAUAAAUGUAAGGCCAAAUGGCAACGUUUGUUCGAUGAGUACGGUAGAGGAACGACAAUGUACCGGACUGUUGAUCUUCAUCGAUUGUUGCUAGAAGGCGUGCCACUGAACCUUCGUGGAGAGGUUUGGAUGAUAUGCUCAGGCGCGAUGGCGGAAAUGGAGCUGCAUCCCGGCUACUACGAAGAUUUAUUGCGUAAGCAUGAAUCCGUCUAUACAGUUGCUUUGGAUGAGAUCGAACGAGAUUUGUAUCGUAGUCUACCAGAACAUCCAGCAUUUCAAAAUGGCGAAGGUAUCGAUGCAUUGCGACGGAUUUUGACGGCCUACUCGUUCAGAAAUCCUAAUAUUGGGUAUUGCCAGGCUAUGAAUAUAGUGAGCUCAGUGUUGUUAUUGUAUGUGAAGGAAGAAGAGGCGUUUUGGCUAUUAGUAGCUAUAUGUGAGCGGCUCUUACCCGACUAUUAUAAUACAAAGGUCGUUGGUGCUUUGGUGGACCAAGGGGUUUUCUCUGAGUUGGUGGAGCGAUCGAUGUCGAAUAUUAGCACAAAACUCUCCCAGUUAGGACUAGGAGAUAUGGUAGCGUUAUCGUGGUUCCUCACUAUUUUCCUGAGUGCAAUCAAAUUUGACGCCGCUGUUCGAAUACUGGAUCUGUUCUUUUAUGAAGGAGCAAGGCUGAUGUUUCAAGUGGCAAUGGAAAUGCUACGUGAGAAUGAGUCAAUCAUCUGCAAAUCGAAAGAUGACGGUGAGACGCUUUUAGCGUUGUCGGCGUAUUGCGAUCGAAUUCAUGAGGGAACGUCUGGAGAGAGUGGGAAGAUCUCGGUAGGUGAACUGUUAACGAAUUCCUAUCGCGAUUUCGGCUACUCGUUUACCAACGAGCAAAUUGAGAGGUUACGCUUGAAAUAUCGCCUGAAAGUCGUACAGACUUUGGAAGAUAGCCAAAUGAGGAGUAUCAUAAGAAGUGUUGGAAAGGAAUGCAGAUUCACUCAGGAAGACUUGGAAACCCUCUACAACAUCGUUAAGGAAGAACAUUUGUUGUCGUGGAACGUUAGGAUUGGCACCAGUGCGAGAUGUCAUGCAGCUACCUUGACUGAAAGACCAAAACCGGAUCCAUGCUCUCAAUCCCAAUACCGUUUGGACUACGACUUAUUCUACGAAAUAGUGCGACGUCUUCUCCCAUGGCCGGUUACAACGAAUUUUGUGGUGCGCCUGUUCAGGUUGCUGGACGUUUCUGACAGUGGACUGCUGACGUUUCGUGAUUUGGCCGUAACGCUGUCACUGCUGUUACUUGGGGACGCCACUGAAAAGUUGGCUGUCAUUUAUAAGUGCCACAUCCCGCCUGCUUUUAAUUUAUCCGAUCUUGAUGACCUCAAUCAUGGGGAUGAGGAACGAGAUGGUUGGUGUGUUGUUGAAGAUGACACUCCGGAAGUCGCCGUUGACGCAAUGGAUAUGAUUGCUUCUCCAUCAUCGGCUAGCACUUCACAGAACAGCUCACCGACGAAGGGAGACGUAUCGAGUGAAAGGAGUACGAUUCCGAGUGCAGUGAUUGUGGAUGAUCCAAAAUCGAGUGCUUCGUCAUUGUUUGACCUCAUAGCACCGAAGUCAUACGGUAGUCACACACCGUCCGAUUCGAGUCAUAUUCAGAUAGCUGAUGAGGCCAGUGAGGAGUCCCUGUCUUUAAUUGAUGAUUCUAUAAAUAAACUUCGUAAUUUACGUGCCACUCUAUCGUCACCAGAUGCGGCUGCCACUAGAUUGGAGAUUAAAACACUUCCACCAAUGAAUCAAGUAGGUGCAAUUAUGAAAAAAAAAUUAGAGUAG